AUGUCGGACGGAGAAGAGACUAUUUCCAACCCCCCUGUUGCUGAGGCCGAUGAGGUCGAGGUCCCCGCCGAGUCCGGCAAUGGCGGCCAAAUGUCCGUUCUUGAUGCCCUCAAGGGAGUCCUCAAGAUCGCGCUGAUCCACGACGGUCUUGCUCGUGGUCUCCGUGAGGCUUCCAAGGCUCUUGACCGUCGUCAGGCGCACAUGUGCGUCCUCAACGAGAGCUGUGAGGAGGAGGCCUACAAGAAGCUUGUUGUUGCGCUUUGCUCCGAGCACAAGAUUCCCCUCAUCAAGGUUCCUGAUGGAAAGCUUUUGGGCGAGUGGGUUGGUCUUUGCCAGCUUGACCGUGAGGGUAACGCUCGCAAGGUUGUCAACUGCUCUUGCGUCGUUGUCAAGGACUGGGGUGAAGAAUCUCAGGAACGUUCCAUCCUCCUCAACUACUUCCAGACCGAGCAGUAG